AUAUUCCAAUCGAAUUGACUAAUGCGGAGAAAGAAUGGGACAAAGCGAUGAACUCUGAGAGAUCUAUAAUAUCGGAUUUAUUUUUCGGACUAUUGAGAUGCACUAUUACAUGUUCAUCUUGCAAGCAAGCGAGUAUUACAUACGAGACAUUUAAUAGUUUAACAAUGUCUUUACCUAGGUUCAAUCCGUGUUCUUUAAAUGACUGUAUGGAGGAGAAGUUUGUGACAGGACAGAAAGUGAGCGAAUGGGAGUGUCCCAAGUGCCAGAUACCACGCGACGCGACGAAGAAGUUCGAUUUCGUCAAACUCGCACCCAUCGUCGUGAUUCACUUGAACCGCUUUGCCUACGGAUGGAUGAACGGUGAAUGGUUAGAAAAGCGCCACACCGCCGUCGAUUUUCCUCUCACGGGAUUCAACUUGAAGCCGUACCUCAUGGAGAACACAAUUAUGUCAAACAAUAUCCGUAAUUACAAUUACUCUCUUUACGCGAUAUCGAAUCACUAUGGAAUGGACUAUGGUGGUCACUACACGGCGUUCUGCAAAAACCCUGCGCAAAAUACAUGGUACGAGUAUGAUGAUGAAACUGUCAAGGAGGUGUCGCCGAGCCAAGUAAAGUUUCAAAUAAAUAGGAGUGCUUAUUUGUUAUUUUAUACGUCAUUUCCAAAUACGAUUAUGUAGAUGGAAGGAGGAAUAUGAUUUUCAACACUCUGUAGAUAUAUUAAAUGGUAAACACUCUGUAGAUUAUAUUUUGUAUGAUAAAUCUAUGCGCGAGCAAAACGUAUAGGUGCUGUGACGAUAUUGAAAGCUUUAUCGGUGCUGGCAUUCAUUAAGAAUAUAUGUAUACGAUUUUUCUGUAUUUCUACAGUCUGUUGCUUUAAAGAUAAAGCAAAAUAUAGUUUGUGUUCGAGAAUACUUUACUGAAAUAUGUAUAUAGCUUCGUAUAAUUAUAUUAACAUACCUAAAUAGAUUAAUCAGAUUAUAUAUUAUAUUCGUUUGACAUUUUGCAUUAUUGCAGCCGGAUUAUCAUUUUUGCUUUGUAUCAAAACGAAGCGGAAGGGGCCAUAGUUCUUUGGGUUAUCGAACACGUUAGAUAACAUUUUCGAAGAAUUAAUUCAAAUUUGGAAUUCAUCUGUUGAAAAUAUGUUCUGUUUAUUCAUAUUUUGCACAAAUGGUUUCAACAGUCAUAAAUAGCGUUUAACCAUAGGCAAGACGCAUACGUCGCGUGCGGUUUAGAUAGAUUAGCAGCACACUAACUGCCUUCUUCGCUGCACUGCCAGUAUUGUCACAACGUACGACCAUUUUGUUUUUGUACGUGAAGAAAAACGCUUCAUUGAAACGUACGGUUCUUAAAGAAGAAAAAACAGUUAAAUAGGAUUUCGUUAUGUACGAACUAUUGUAAUAAUAUACAUCUAAAAUGUCAAGGGACAACGUCAAUAACAUCAUUACAAUU